GCAACUCCCGGGGACUGAGCGAGAGUGUCUGCCUCCGCAGCCGCCACUUCACCGUGGCUUUUGGGUGGAGGAGGAAGAAGGUCUGGGCUCGGCCGAGGAGCAGCAGCAGCAGCCGCCGCCGCCGGAGAGGAAGAGAGAGACGGAGAGGCGGCCGGAGCCCCCCAAAGUGCCCCCCCAUCCCUGCACUGCAGGCUACAUUUCCAGCUUCAUGGGCAAAGUGUGGAAACAGCAGAUGUACCCCCAGUACACCACCUACUACUACCCCCAGUAUCUGCAGGCGAAGCAGUCCAUUGUACCAGCCCAUCCAAUGGCUCCUCCUAGUCCCAGCACCACCAGCAGUAAUAACAACAGUAGCAGCAGCAGCAACUCAGGAUGGGAUCAAUUAAGUAAAACAAAUCUUUACAUCAGAGCACUGCCUCCAAACACCACUGAUCAGGACCUGGUGAAGUUAUGCCAACCGUAUGGGAAAAUUGUAUCCACCAAGGCUAUUUUGGAUAAGACAACAAACAAAUGCAAAGGUUAUGGUUUUGUUGACUUUGACAGCCCAGCAGCUGCUCAGAAGGCAGUUUCUGCUUUAAAGGCCAGUGGUGUCCAAGCACAGAUGGCAAAGCAACAAGAACAAGAUCCAACAAACUUGUACAUUUCCAAUUUGCCACUGUCAAUGGAUGAGCAGGAGCUUGAGAACAUGCUCAAACCGUUUGGGCAGGUCAUCUCUACGAGGAUACUGCGGGACUCGAGCGGGACAAGUCGCGGUGUUGGCUUUGCAAGAAUGGAGUCAACAGAAAAAUGUGAAGCAGUGAUUGCUCAUUUUAAUGGCAAAUUCAUAAAGACACCAGCAGGAGUUUCUGUUCCUGCAGAACCCUUAUUGUGCAAGUUUGCUGAUGGUGGACAGAAAAAGAGACAGAAUCAGAAUAAAUACAUUCAGAAUGGACGAGCGUGGCACAGAGAAGGCGAGGUGAGACUUGCUGGGAUGACGCUCACCUACGAUCCGACCACAGCUGCUUUACAAAACGGAUUCUACCCAUCACCCUACAGUAUUACAGCAAACAGAAUGAUCACUCAGACAUCUAUUACGCCGUAUAUUGCGUCUCCGGUUUCCACGUACCAGGUUCAGAGUCCUUCUUGGAUGCAGCCUCAACCAUACAUAAUGCAGCACCCAGGUGCUGUGCUGACUCCCUCCAUGGACCACACCAUGUCACUACAGCCUGCAUCGAUGAUCAGCCCUCUGACACAGCAGAUGAGUCAUCUUUCAUUAGGCAGUACUGGAACAUAUAUGCCAGCCACAACAGCUAUGCAAGGAGCCUACAUCCCCCAAUACACACAUGUCCAGACAGCAGCGGUUCCAGUUGAGGAAGCCAGUGGUCAACAGCAAGUGACAGUGGAGACAUCCAGUGACCAUUCUCCAUACACGUAUCAGCAGAAUAAGUAACUGUGAGAUGUCCAGUGUUGACCUGGCCUGGAGAAGGGUGCAAAGGCUGAAACAAUCAUGGAUUUCACUGAUCAAUUGUGCUUUAGGAAUUAUUGACAGUUUUGCACAGGUUCUUGAAAAUGUUAUUUAUAAUGAAAUCAACUAAAACUAUUUUUGCUAUAAGUUCUAUAAGGUGCAUAAGAAGAAAAAAAAAAACCCUUAAAUUCAUCUAGUAGCUGUUCCCCAUGGACAGGUUUAUUUUAGUAAAAAAAAAAGGAUAAAAAAAAAUUUUUAUCAAGUGUUAUGAUGCAAAAAAAAAAAAAGAAAAAAGAAAAAAAAAAGGUUUAAAAAGAGAAGAAAAAAAAAGAAAAAAAAAAAGAGAGAGAAAGAAUUCAACUUUCUGGGUAUGCACAGAUGACCAUGAAGACUUAUUCAUGUGCAUGACAGAAUUUGUGGCUUUUUGGAUUCUUUUUUAUUCUUGUUGGUUUGAGUCUUUUAGGGUUUUUUUAUUAUUAUUAUUAUUUCCUUUUUUUGUUGUUGGUUGAUUUUUUUUUUGUGGUUGACUUUUUUUUGUGGGUUGAUUUUUUUUUUUUUUGUGGGUUGAUUUUUUUUUGUGGGU